ACGCAACAGGUUGAUCGUUUCGCGUUUUAAACAUUUAUAUCCCGUCUUUUUUUCCCAUUUUUUUGCCGUCUCACUCUAACAUCUUACGGGGAGAGAAUGAGUAAUGUAGGAAAAAUCGUCCAUUGUAUCCCGAUUGGUGUCGCUUCGUUAGGUGGAAGUUCCAUUUGUGACGUGACGUCAUAAGGAUCGAGACGAGGAUUUCGACGUGGAGGAGUCAUUGGUCUGUCAUUUUUGCGGUCGAAAGUCGAAGUUGUCUUUAUCUUAAACUAAAUUGAAUAUCCACACGAUCAUCAUGGAUGAUCGCAGCGAACUGGAGGAACUGCACAGAAAAGCCGACGUCUUGACGGACGAGAGUCUGGAGAGCACCCGGCGCAUGCUGCAGCUAUGUGAAGAGAGCCAAGACGUGGGAGCCCAAACGCUGAUUAUGUUGGACGAACAAGGGGAGCAACUGGACAGAAUCGAGGAGGACAUGGACAAGAUCAAUGCCGACAUGAAGGAGGCCGAGAAGAACCUGACGGGGAUGGAGAAGUGUUGCGGCCUAUGCGUGUGUCCCUGUCAAAAGGGGAAGGAGUUUAAGGAAGACGCCAGCACGUGGAAAUCCAGCGAAGACGGGAAGAUCGUCAACAGUCAGCCCACUCGGGUGAUGGACGAGCGUAACGGGGCGGGGCCCGCCGGAGGAUACGUGGCCAAGAUCACUAACGACGACCGCGAGGAGGAGAUGGAGGACAACAUGCAACAGGUCAACACCAUGAUCGGCAAUCUGCGGAACAUGGCCAUCGACAUGGGAAGCGAGAUCGAAUCGCAGAACCGACAGUUAGACAGGGUCAACCAAAAGGCCACUUCCAACGAGUCCAGGAUCAUGUCGGCCAACCAGAGAGCCACCAAGCUGCUGAAGGAUUGAAGUCUCCGUCCCUCCACCCGUUUCCGCGGACGGCAUCUUCCCUUCCUCCUAUCAGUGUACUUAUCUUCCGCCCUCGUCCCCACUCCCGGGGGGCGGCGGCCCAAGGCAAAAAGGCGGGACCUGCCGGACAUUCCGUUAUUUCCUCUCAGCCGGAGGAGUUCGUUGCGUGUCGUACUUACCGAAUAAAUAUAAAACGGGACGGAUCCAAAUGGGAAUUAUAUACACAAAGACGAUAUACACAAAUAUGUAUCGUUGUAAAUAGUCCGUGGUGGAAUAUUUUUGUGGCUCGUCGUUUAGUUAAAAAAAAAAAAUGGAAAAAUAUUUUGUGCCCGUUGUUUUCCUAAAGAAGCUCUUCCCGCUUCCGUAUUCUUAAAGUUUUGUAAAGAUUGUGAAUAAAUGGAAACUGCAGUCCA